AUGAAAGCCUCUUCUAUGGUUUCCAUGACCAUUCUAGCCGCGACUUCUGUCUUUGCUAGUUCUAACGACGAUAUUGUCCAGGUUCCAGCUGAGGCUGUUAUAGGAUACUUGGAUCUCGGACGUGAUCAUGACAUCGCUGCUCUACCAUUUAGCAAUAGUACUACCAGUGGCUUAUUAUUCGUCAAUACUACCAUCGUGAAUGUGGCUGAAAAAAAACGAAACGCUACCUUGACAAAAAGAGAUGCAGUCGCUGGCGCCUGGCACUGGUUGCAAUUGAGACCUGGUCAGCCAAUGUACAAGAGGGAUGCUGACGCUGACGCUUGGCACUGGUUGCAACUAAAGCCAGGUCAACCAAUGUACUAA